CCAGCUGGCGUCACCAGGACAACGGGCGUUGCCGCCGCCUUGUGACUCGGGCUGUGGGCGCGCUGGCGGCUCUUCGGCCAUGGUUUUCUCAAAUAAUGAUGAAGGCCUUAUUAACAAAAAGUUACCAAAAGAACUUCUUUUAAGAAUGCUGUUCAGCUUGUUGUUAAAUUUUACUUGGUCUAAUCCAGAAUGUACUAAGUAUGUACAUAGCAUUGGUCUGGAUUCUUUUUGUAAUAUGGCUUGGAACAUCUUAGCCCUGGAUGGAAGCAACUGGCAGAGAAUAGACCUUUUUAACUUUCAGACAGAUGUAGAGGGUCGAGUGGUGGAGAACAUCUCGAAGCGAUGUGGUGGGUUCCUGCGCAAGCUCAGCCUGCGGGGCUGCAUUGGAGUCGGGGAUUCCUCCUUGAAGACUUUUGCUCAGAACUGCCGAAACAUCGAGCAUUUAAACCUCAAUGGCUGCACAAAAAUCACUGACAGCACGUGCUACAGCCUCAGCAGGUUCUGUUCCAAGCUGAAGCAUCUGGACCUGACCUCCUGCGUGUCCAUCACCAACAGCUCCUUAAAGGGGAUCAGUGAGGGCUGCCGAAACCUGGAGUACCUGAACCUGUCCUGGUGCGAUCAGAUCACGAAGGACGGCGUGGAGGCCCUGGUGCGCGGCUGUCGAGGCCUGAAAGCGCUGCUGCUGAGGGGCUGCACGCAGUUAGAAGACGAAGCUCUCAAACACAUUCAGAAUUACUGCCACGAGCUUGUGAGCCUCAACUUACAGUCCUGCUCGCGCGUCACAGACGAAGGCGUGGUGCAGAUUUGCCGGGGCUGCCCGCGGCUGCAGGCCCUCUGCCUCUCCGGCUGCAGCAACCUCACGGAUGCCUCUCUCACAGCCCUGGCUUUGAACUGCCCGAGACUUCAGAUUCUGGAGGCUGCCCGGUGUUCCCAUUUGACCGACGCGGGCUUUACGCUUUUAGCUCGGAAUUGCCAUGACCUGGAGAAGAUGGAUCUUGAAGAAUGCAUCCUGAUAACCGACGGCACACUCAUCCAGCUCUCCAUCCACUGUCCUAAACUGCAAGCCCUGAGUCUGUCCCACUGUGAGCUCAUCACGGACGACGGAAUCUUGCACCUGAGCAACAGCACCUGUGGCCACGAGAGACUGCGAGUCCUGGAACUGGACAACUGCCUCCUCAUCACCGACGUGGCCCUGGAACACCUGGAGAACUGCCGCGGCCUGGAGCGCCUGGAGCUGUACGACUGCCAGCAGGUCACCCGCGCGGGCAUCAAGCGGAUGCGGGCUCAGCUCCCUCACGUCAAAGUGCACGCCUACUUCGCGCCCGUCACGCCCCCGACGGCAGUGGGAGGAAGCGGACACCGGCUGUGCAGGUGCUGCGUCAUUCUCUGACAGCGGCUGCGUGGGCCCAACUCCAGAGGAGACCCGAGUCUUCCCCACCUUCUCCACUGUCACCGCCAUCUGUUGGUUCUCCAUUGGGAAAGGCAUUUGCAGGUAAAAGACUUCAGUAGGGAUUGCAGUAACUUCUGUAGGUGAUAGUUUUCACCUCGAUUCUGCUGCCAAGCAAUCAAAUCAAAGCCUUGUGUCAGGAAACACAGGGCAGGAGUGGUCUCCACGCAGCCAGGACCGUGCAAGAAACCCGGUUUCUUAAAGAGGUGGGUGUACCUUCCUAGGGAACAAAAGUUCCGUCCUCGGCUUUGUCAGCGUGGCGCAGACAGACCGUCAGUGUUAGCACAAAUUGAACAGAAAAUACAGGCUGUCGAUUUUCUACCUGAUACUUAAGACAGUGGCCUACUUUAAUUCAGUGAUUCCAUUUUGAUUAGCAGGACUUUUCCACUUUGAAGAUUAAAUAGCAACUUCAUCAGUGACUAUACUGCAAAUUCAUAAUACCCGAUAGUUUUAUAUGUAGAGACUUACGUGAAGGCACGUGAAGAAGUUUCCAUGAGACACCAAAGAAAUAAGGACUCUAAACUGGGUGGAGCAGGGUCUUCACCUCUGUUUCUGUCAACUUGCCGCAUAUACUUUUGGGGACCAAAAACAAAGUCGACUCAGAGUUUGCUGCCUGAUGGGGAACUGUAAGCUCUGGCGUAUGCUACAGCACAGUUUUAUUAUAGGAGAAAAGCUAAUCACAUCAUCUCACAAAAUUUGGGGGACCUUAAAGCAAUAGAAGUGAAUAGGCUUAAGUUAUCUAUAAUAUAAUUGAUUAAAAAUAAUGAAUGGAUGCAUGUAGAAUGGGUGUGAUUUUUUUUCCAAGUUUAUUUUAAAAUCGUAGAAAUCAAGUUACACCAGAACUGUUCAGAAGUCGUACACACUUAAAACUCAGAUCAGUAAAGUGUUGGCACCUUUUGCGACUCAAAUAUAAAAAUGGAUAAACCAUUGCAAUAAAUCAGAGGGUUUUAUUGCUGUAAUCUGUGGUAGAGCAAUCUGAGCAAAACCAUUUCCCAAAUUCAAGAGCUAAUGUUGUCUAAACUCCGGGAAGGCGAUCAAUCAAGUUUCUGCCUGUGCGGUCCACUUCUGUUGUCUUUAUUAACAUGAGGAACAUCGUACCGCCUUCAUGGCAAACUUGUGCUCAUGGGAGCCGAUCCUUCCUAGCAACCACUCCCCACAUUGAGGAGUCCAGAGCUUGUGAAGUCAGACAGCAAAGCCAAGGUGUCAUUUUCCCCGUGACUAGCAGUACUUCUAUUAGGUGGACAGUUUUAGAAGCAUUUAGGACGCAGUGCUUCAGCUGCAUUCUAAGAAGAGGGGGGGCACGUACGUAAAUCCACAACCCCAAAAUCAACUUAACGGGACUGCCAGAACAAGCAUUCAAGUCCUGAUGAUUUUAUUGCUUUCCGAUAUACUGAUAUUCACUUGCCUACAAAUUUUGCAGUUACUUAAAUAUACAUUUGCACCACUGUGUGGGGAAUUGAUGCAGGAUGCUAUUUAAAUAAACACCAUAGCACAGA